AAAUUACCGAUCGCCUUAAACAUAUUGUCAAGCGAUCCAGCGAUCGAUCGAUCGGUAGGUCGGUCUAAUCACCACCGCAUACCGUUCCAUAACAUAACCUCGAUCAUUUCGAUGUCACGAUGUCACCUAGUUUGUAAACACGUGUGUUCUCUAGUGUGUACUCUAAAUUUUCAUCAAAAUGAGUACGUCGUUGGCGGAACAGUUGCAAAGACUGGCAGUACCCCAAACUGCGCUCUUCAAACGUGAUAAGAAACGUCCUUCUCUCUUGUUUGAUCCGAAAGAGGCGGCUAAAAUUAGACGAGAAACUUUUUUUCAAAUCGGCCUCGAAGGUCUGGAAGAACUUGCUAACAAAAAUCCGGCUUUUAACCAAUUUCAAAACACCCUUUACAGUUUAACUUCCAGAGAUUUUGAGAGAUCAGUUCAAGAUUCAGACGCAAACAAUUUACUCGAUAAAAACAUAAAACGUUUCUUAUUACUUUUAGCUCCGUAUGUCUUACUCAAUCCCACUCAUAAGGCUCUCGAGUGGUUGAUACACAGAUAUUCCAUACACGAGUACAAUCGUGAUGAUUUGCUCAUGUUAAUUUUACCCUUUCAUGAGUCCAACAUUUUUGUAAGGGUCCUGCAGUUGAUGCAAUUCAAAGAUCAAAAUGAUCCCUGGUUUUUUUUGAAAGCCCUGCAAAAGCCUGGAUUACAUCUGACAAGAAAUGCUUUGUUCAAUUAUGCCGUCACCAACAGCCUCUUUCUUGGAACGUUGGGUUCUUAUAUUAUGCAACUGUUAACCGUGCAUAACAAACCUUCUCUCUUGGCAGUUUCUUUUAAUUUUUACUGCGUCCUUUACACUGGCACGGUUCAAUAUUCUACUCAAAUUACCGACGAUCAACUAUCACAAAUGUUACCUUCCUUGAUUAAAGGCUUAACUUCUGACGUGCCUGACUAUUGUGCUGCUUCUUAUGUAAUUGUGGCCAGGUUGGUUGCAAAAACUCCUCUUUCCGACAAAAUUUUGGACACACUUUUACAAAAAAUUACUCUCUUCACUAAUUCUUCUUUGCACUUGGAAAGUUCUCUUGUUCUUUUGGUUCUCUUUCAGUCGCAGAAUGAUUAUAAAAUCAUUCCUGAUUCCGUCGUACACUCCCUUGCACUUAAUAAAGAUUGGUUGGUUCAACAACUCAACACUUUGAAUAAUUCUGGAAGCUACGUUUAUCCCUUUUUGGAGAGACUUAUCAACAAUGCUGUCAAAUAUGUUAUUAAACACGAUAAACCGGAACUGGUCAAAACUUUCGUCGAUCAAAUAUUAGCAGAUUUAAAAUUGGAUGAUCACUUUGUUGACAAAUUUUUAUGUGCUGUUUUGGAACCUGUGUCUCCUUCUAAUUUUAACAAAUAUUCUGAACCCUUGAGAAAUUGGUUGACCGAUUUAAUUCAAACGUUGGAAAGGCAAUAUCCAACUCCUUUUGACCAGAUAUGUUACAAAAUUAUGAGCGGAACAACUGCCACCAACCAUAGAAAACAGCUGAACAAGAUUUUAAAAAAUACCCUCGUCUACAAGGGUAAGUUUGAGCUCAUUGAAAAUUUGUGUCAUUCCAAUGAAGAAUUGAGAAAACAGGCGAUCCGUUGCUUGAAAAAAGGAUUUCAAUCCUUUAAGGAAACCGACAAGGAGAUCAUUAGAAAUCUGCUGGUCGAAAGAUUAAAUAAUGACAAUGUCAAGAUUGUUAAAAAAACAUUGGAGAUUAUCAAAGAAAACAAAAACAUUCUGACUGAUGUUGUUCUUAAGGACGUGCUUCUAAGCUUGGCCAGAAAAUGUAGAUUUGCCAAUAUGGAAAAAAUAUCUGACCAAAUCCUCUUGAAUUUGAUUCAUUUGCCGGAAGCUGCCUUGGAUUGGAAUAUUUUUAUGGCAAUCUUUCCCUAUUUAAUGCCCAAAUCGCAACAAGACUUUGAUAAGCAUAAAUCUACACUUUUUCUCUACAUUUCCAAACACAAAAUCCUUAAAAACGCUCAACACUCCUUGAACCAAUUAACCGAUUUCGACGAAUUCUCGAAGGGAGUUCUUGGAGCACUACAGACCAAACAUGAAGACGAUGACAACGUUUGGACCUUAAUAAAUGCCUUGUCUAACGUACCAAAGUCGAAACGUGACUGUCUUCAUAAGUACAUCGCAGCUGUUACGAUUACGACGCUGUUACCUGAAAAAACUCAACUGGACAUUUCUAAGCUGAUUAUUGAAAUUUUAGCAACCUAUACAGAUACAGAUACAGAUACAGAUUCAGAUACAAAGACAGUUCACGAUAAAUUUAUUAAACAAAAUGCGACGAUUGUCGAAAAUAUUGAAGCAUGUUUUAAAAACAAAAUGCCCGUCAACGGAUUUAGACGGUGUGUGGAAAAUUUAAUACUUAAAACUCAUAUACCUCCGCAUUCGGGAAAACUGGACUUGCUAAAAGAAAACAAUGCUUAUCUUAUAUGCAUUUCUAACAUGAUUUUCCAGGAUGGUGUCAAUAAUAAUUACCUUGGUUGCUUCAAUUUAUUACACCAUAUUUGUGGACCAUCGGAAACAGAAAAAGUGGAGUUCCUUUUGAAUAUUUGCCUUUCUGACCACGAUAAGCUCUUGGAGAUUACCAAAAUUGAAUCGUUGAAACUUGUUGUUAACUUACUGGAGAAGGUUAAUGAAAAUGAUAAGGAUAAUGUUAAUGUUAAUCUUAAUGUUAAUGUAAGUGAUAGAGCAACUCUAAUUGAAACGACUUCCUUUGUCGUUCCCUAUUUGUUACCUCUGUUGGCAAAUUCACGAGAUACAAUUCGAAAGUUGUCUCUAACAAUUAUCAAAAAAUUGACCGCAAUUCAAACAAAAACAAAGAACAACACUUAUUCAUGUUUAUUGGAUGCUGUGCAAAAGCAUGCUGAAGAAAUUAUCAUGGACCAUGAGCAAAUACCGCUCGUUCUUUUCAACAUUUUGGCACCUGAAAACACCAAAGGGAAGAAACAAGUGAGAGAAUUGAAUUGUGUAAGAAACACGCUCUUUCAAAUAAUUGCAGAACUAAAUGAUCCGAGUCCCGUUUACCUUAAAGCCGGACUUUUAACUGUGCUUAAUCUCGUCAAUUCCGUCGAGAUAUUUGAAAACGUAUCUGUCACAGCCGUUCACAUUUUAAAGGACAAUCCGUCGGAACUUACUUUCAACGAAAGUGUCGUCGUCACAAAAAUUCUUUCGAGAAUCGAACGAAGUGUGGCCAAGAAAAUCCUCUUAGACACGAAACUUUGCCAAUUGAUUUUGUUGGCACUCAAAAACGAACAAACUGAAUUGACCGGAAUCGGCAAGAAAAUGUGUCCCGCACUUUGGACGUUGACUCAAUUGGAUAAGGAGGACAUGUUUCGAUAUUUGAACGAGGACGUCGUCAAACAACUGCUUUCUACUAUCGUGGACAUUUGUACGUUUGCUAAGAAUUCCGAUAUUCUUCCGGCUUCGUUGCGAAUAUUUAAGCACAUGGAAUUAGACGUUCAGCAAAUUCUGAAUCAUUUGGUGGCUAUGCGGGAGGUCCGAUCGCCAAAAUUGGACGAAAAAACAAAGAAGAGACGUGUCAGCGUUGUUCCCACCAUUGACAUUUUGGAUACCCCCGAAUGGAAAAAAGGAAUAACUAUACUCGAAUUUAUUCAAGAUAAAAAACGUAUUAAGAACGUUCACCUUCUUUUACCGGUCAUGUUCGACUUGUUGAAGAAAUGUUUGGAUUUCGACGAACAAGUCUCGGUCGAAUAUCCGAAACAGCUGAUAUUGUCUUUGAUUCUGCAUUGCUGUCAGAAGAUCGACGAAGGGAAUAAUCACCCGCUGCCAGAAAACGUGUUCAACAUGGAACUGGUGGUGCAGUGUAUCAGAGCUUCGCAAAACCCGCAGACUCACCAUCACGCGUUGCUCGUUCUGGCUCACGCUGCCCAACUAAUACCCACUCAGGUUCUUCAUCAUAUCAUGGCGAUUUUCACCUUUAUGGGAUCGUCGGUUCUGCGACACGACGACGCAUACAGCUUCCAGAUCAUCUCCAAAAUCAUCGACACCGUUGUUCCAAUUUUGAUGGAGAAUUCGACAGCGGAACGUUCUGACACCAACACGACUGUGUGCAAAGUGUUGAGGGUUUUCGUCGAUGCGAUUUUGGACGUACCGGAACACAGAAGGUUGCCGUUGUAUCGUCAGUUGCUCGAUCGAAUCGACGCCAAAGAAAACUUGUCCACCUUUUUGCUGUUGAUCUUCGAAUCCCACGUGAUGCACGGCGGUGCCAAUCAAGAGCAAAAGACUGCCGGCGGAGAUUUUAAAGGAAUCACCUCACCGAAGCGAUUGGACAUCGCCGCCAAUCUGUGUAGACUCUUUCCUCCGCAGACCGUCAUCUACUCCUGUAUUAAGCUGUUCAAGUAUCUGAAGGAGUUGCCGGACGAAAAAGAGGAUGCGAUGGAUGUGGAUCAAGAGGAAGAAGAAACUACGACGUUCAACAUUGCAACGCACACACCGAAACAGUUCAGACACUACAAGUACACACUGUUGACGUUCGUCUCGUCGUUGUUGGCCUCUCACGAAUUCGUCAAUCAAAUUGCUCGCGUCGCUGAUGAAGACUUACCCGAAUUGGAAGCCCUCUACAAAGAAGCAAUCAUUCAGAUUUUGACCUACGUACAAAGGAUUCAGAAAAUUGCAGAGAAGAACGCCGAUGGUCCUCAGGCCCAUUAUUGGAAAGUCGUUUUGCACCACAGUUACGACGCACUCGAUUGCAUCAACGCCUUAUUAACGCCGCAGAUGUUUUUGUUAGUUUUUAAGGGUUUGAUGGUACACAACAUACCCACGAUUCGACGAAGAGCAUUGGAACUGUUGAACAAUAAACUUCAACACAAUUCCACGUUCUUUUUCAACGAUUGCGAAACUGCUGAAAUUUAUGCCUUGAUUCCGCCAAUUUUCUCGAUUUUGGAGACUUUGAAAAACGCCGUGGACGACCCGGAACAGGAACUUAUCGUUCAAACUGCUCUCUUGUCUCUGAAGCUUCUGACGAAAUCGUUGGCACAACAGGAUCCAAACAAAUUCGUCAAGAUUUUGGACUUUAUAGCGUUGCUAAUGAAAUCGGAAAAGGUUCACGGUAACGUGCAGGCCUCGGUCGUUUUAUGUUUGGCCGAAUUGGUGGCGGUAUUGAGGGCUCAUGCGAUUCCCAACUUGAAUAAUUUCAUGCCGGCACUGAUCAAAAUAUUAAAGGUGCAAACGCGACAACGGGAUUCGCCGGGAUCUUUGCUGCUUUUGAGUGUCAUAACCGCCAUCGAUAAAAUAUUGGACACUUUGCCGUUGUUUAUCAGUCCAUAUUUGCAGAAGCUGCUUUUCAAAUUGGCGAUUCUUAUGAGUCAGUUUGGCAGCACGAAUGCAGAAGAAGCAAAACUGGAACAGAAGUUGGCACAGAUUAAGCAAAAGAUUGGAACCAUGAUUCCUUCGAGAGUGUUGAUACCUGCAGUCGCAACUUGUUACCAGGAACUAACCGCCAAGAAGAAAUAUGCUGCCAUUAAUGGUUUGAUGGAUAUUUUAGGCGAGCAUUUGACCAAUUCGGGGACUCCGGCUGAAAUCAACAGUAAUUUAUCGGAACUGACCAAUUUCUUCAUGAACGCGUUGCAGUUUAGAGCAGAUAAUGGAAACUCGCCCGACAUUGGCGUUGAAGAAACGAAUGAAAUUGAACGACACAUUGUUAAAUGUCUAACCAUAUUGAUUUUGAAGUUGUCCGAAGGAAAUUUCAGACCGUUGUACUACAAACUUUACGACUGGGCGACGAGAGACCAAGAAACAAAGUCGGAGCGAAUCAUAACGUUUUACGGUUUGUCAGCUGACAUGGCCCGAUCAUUAAAGGGACUGUUUAUACUAUUCGCGGGACACUUUUUGAAUAAUGCUGCGCAACUUUUGGACCAAUGUAAUACAAUCAAAACGGACGAGUUGUAUUUCGAGACGGCAGACAAAAAUCGUUUGUUGCUUGAAAACGUAUUGAAAACGCUGAACACAGUUUUCUUGUACGACAGUCAGAAAUUCAUAAACAAAGAUCGUUUUCAAGUACUGAUGCAGCCGAUCGUGGACCAAUUGGAGAACACUUUCGGCGGUUUCGAAGAGCUGAAACAACGGAACGAACAAUUACUCACUCCCUGUUUGAUACAUUUUGCGUUGGCGACGGCCGACGAUUCUUUGUGGAAACAACUGAACUAUCAGAUUUUAUUGAAAAUGAGGCACACAUCUCCAGAAAUAAGGUUGGUUGCCUUACAUUGUCUGUCGGAGUUGGUAAAGAAAUUGGGCGAAGACUUUUUGCCCUUCUUACCGGAAACCAUUCCGUUCUUGGCGGAACUGUUGGAGGACGAAGAAGAAACUGUCGAGAAGGCGUGUAAAAAAGCCGUACAGGAAAUGGAAAGGGUUUUAGGAGAACCCUUACAAAAAUAUUUCUAAUUUGUUUUAUUCAAUAAACAUUUCAAUAUAAAAA